AUGGCGCGGAGAGUAUUCAGCCCAUUGAUGCUGCCUCUGGCGAUGCUCCAGGCCUUCUUCAUGAUGGCCCUUAGCGGCCUUUGGCUGUGGCUCUUUGGCAUAUUUUGGACCUUCAUGGUCAUUGAGCUGCCCAAGGACCUGGGCCCCUACAGUCAGAUGAGCUCGCUGUCAAUGUUCCUGCUCCGAGCCUUCCCGAUGAAAGAGACGAACGAUGUCAGCUAUGAGUUCAAGUUUGACCAUGUGCUGAUCCUUGCGUGUGUCUUUGUGAUUAUGAUGAUGGCAUGGGCCCCGACGAGGACUGAGGUGGAGGAGGAGGACGACAAGGAGCUGGCCAAGGCCAACAAAAAGACCAAGGCAAAGAAGCUGGCGAAAGCCCUUAGCUGA